GACAGGCUGAGAGAGCUGGGGCUGUUCAGCCUCCAGAAGAGAAGGCUCUGGAGAUGUGACAGCGGCCUUUCAGUAUUUAAAGGGUGCAAUAAGAAAGAAGGGGACAGACUUUUUAGCAGGGUCUGUUAUGAUGGGACAAGGAGGAAGGGUUUCAAGCUAAAAGGGGAGAUUUAGAUUGGAUAUAAGGAAGAAGUUUUUUACAGUAAGGGUGGUGAGGCACUGGAAUAGGUCGCCCAGAGAGGUGGUGGAUGUCCCAUCCUUGGAGAUAUUCAAGGUCAGGCUGGGCAGGGCUCUGAGCAACCUGAUGUAGCUGUAGGUGUGCCUGUUCAUUGCAGGGGAGUUGGACUAUGUGACCUUUAAGGGCCCCUUCCAACUCGAUUCUAUGGUUCUAUUAAAUGUUAGAUAAUUUUCAGUACUUAAAUAGCUUUGUUUUUGUCAAAAUAAGAACUAGCUUAGAGUUUAUACAACUAUUUAUACUGCACCAAGAUCAGUUAAAAAUUGAGAACAUUGGGGAUAAGUCUGUCAAAUUGUAAUUAUUCUGAAACUAAUGUUGUCAACAGCAAAGCAUUAGACAAGUGGAAGUUAAACCAGGAUUGUUUGUUUAUUCCAUUUCUUUCACGUAAUGCCUAAGUAAUGCUGAAUAGUUGCUGUGUGAGGUGCUGGAAGGAGUUGCUGGGUAAAGCAAGUAGAAAUUAACACUGGAAUGGAAAGAAGGAAGGAACUGUAUCUUCUGUGGGAGAGGAGCGGUAGUUCUGUGCUUAUUUCCCAUCCUGUCACUGUGAAGUUUUGAGAAGUUUGGAAACAAUUACUCAGCUGUUCAGGACAGCCAGUGACUACAAGAAUUGCUGUUAUAAUCAUCUGGCAGCAGAAUAUGUCUUUCUAAUGAACUGGAAAGCAGAAAUUGCUUUUAAUAAAGGAAGUAUUCAUUCUUAUGCGAAACUAUACUAAACUUUUACUUUGCCUGCUCCUGAAAUGAUUGUUUGCUAUUGGAAUUGUCUUCUGCUUGCAGCAAGGAAAUUUACCACAUCACAGCUUUUUAGCUUUUAUUUAUUUAUUUAUUUAUUUAUUUAUUUUUAAUUUCUCCCAGCAAGGUUCAGGACAGUAGCGAGAUGGGAAGGGGAGGAAAUACUUCAGAAGUUGCAGUAUGGUAUGUACUGCACCCCCUCAGUUUUCAUCCUCUCUUUCCAAAAUGUCUAUAACUAGCUUCCUGACUAGGUGCAGGCUCUCCUCACCUCAGUUUAUUGGGCUGUCUUUCUUUUGGCUUUUUGGUGUGAAUUUGUUACCCUUUCACUUAAAAUACUCUGUUUGCUUUAUUCCUUUUAUUCUCUUCCAUGUUGUGAAGUGCCCCAGUCAGAUCAGGACGGCUAAAGGCAAAGUAACAGACUGUAGUAGCCUACUUUGAGCAACAAACCCUCCCAGACUUGCAAAGAUCAGUGCUCUUGUUCUGUAUCUCUUUGCGUUUCAUGACGGUACUUUUCUUAGCAAGAUGGUUAAAGUGGGGCAGCCCCUUCACAGAACCCUGAGUUGAUAAGUAAAAUCUCAAGUGCUGCUAAAUCCGAGGCAGGAGAAGAGCCUCAGAGAGCCUACGCAGGAACCCUUCCCGUUGUGGCAGGUACUUGAGAAGGGGAGGUAACAUCUGUGACUGAUGGACGGGCGUUAGCACUGACCGCGCGGGGCCGCACUUGCCCUCACGGGGCAGCCUGGCGCCGCGGCCAAACUGCCCGAGCCCGCCAAACAGCGGCGAGGGCGGCAAAGCUUUGGGGUGUGGCGAAGGGAAGCUCUGGGGAGUAUUCAGGGCUGAGAGGAGGUGGGGUCCUGAAGAAGAGGCAGCUGGGAGCUGUGGAGGUGGUGUUGGUCGUGGUGGUGUGACGCAGCGGAGUGCGGCUGUGGGGGCUCUGGUGGUGUGAGUGGCUUUGUGAAGCUCGGGCAGUGGCAGCGUGUGGAGAACACCAUCAGCCAUGGUCUGUCCUCGCUAUGCUUCGUGUCUGUGCUUUGUGGCCCCAGAUCACGAUACAGAGUGACCUCAGGGUGGGGGAAAGGAGAGGCUGUGGUUUCAGCUGGGCUUUAAUCUCUUCUUGUAGAAGAUUUGAAGGAUGGAACGGUAACUGUGUGGGAUUCAUCCCAAAGAAAUUGGAAAAUAAACCCUAAUAACUCCUUCUGUUUGUGCAUAAAAUGUGACACUUCAGGCCAGGAGAACACAUCUACUAGCUCUCCCACAACAUACAGCUCUCUGACAAUAAGUUCUACGCUGCUGCCGUACAGGUGCACCUCAGGUAUCCAGAUCUGUCUGUCCUCCCAAACCAACUUCGGUGACCUCCUAGAGUUUGUCGCUCAUAAAUGAAGAGCUUUACUUUCUCUUCAGCCUCUUAAUGCUGUGUGUUGUCCUGUACCAGGUAGCUACAUCUGUGUUUGAAGAUUUAAGUGGUUUUUCAUAUUGGUCAUCUACAGAGAAGACAGAUGACAAUUUGUAAAAUAAAAUCUGUAAGACAGCUAAAAGAUCAUAGAAUCAAAGAAUCUUUAGAGCUGAAAGGGACCUUUCAAGGUCAUCUGGUCCAACUCCUCUGCAACAAUCAGGGACAUCAGAUGUGUGUAUACAGAAUGCCACAUUUUGGCUUUAGUAGUUCUCCCUCUAAAUUCAUAAGAGAAGUUCUGAGAUUUUACUCUGAAAAUGCAGAUACAUGAAUAGUAUGCAAUAAGAACAACACUGAAGAGUAUGGUCCCCUUCCAGAUCAACUCUGUGGUCUUGAAAGUUUUAUCUACAGGAAUAAGAACUGAUAAUCUGUGUAUACUGAUGCAACAAAAGUGUUUGCAAGAUCUACACUUUAAAUGCAUGCUACAGGCUGCAACAGGAAACUAGGAAAGUGUAAUUUAAGAAAUAAAUGAUUCCUCAGUUUCAUGCUUUCAACAACUAUGACAGCCUUCACAGCUACAUAUAUAUAUUUAAGUCCUCCUUUAGCUCCAAUGAUUGGGGCGGGGGGGAAGGAGAGGGAGGGCUAAAUGCUGCCUUUAAUUUGGUGGGUCAGGAAUUGGGUGGUGAAAUAAUUCAGUAAUAAGAAGAAUAGUAGAGCAUUUUAGGAAUUUAACUUCAUUAUUAUUGUAGUGCGGCCAAUUCUGACCUAAUUCUUUACAGCUUAUUCCAAAAUUUUCAUUAAGAGUCCAAAGAUCUUUUUGGAAGAUGCACAAAGAAAUACAGAAAAUGAAGGAAAUUAUCCUUGUUUACCUUGACAGAAGUGGUGGCCUUGAGAAAUUUGUGCACGACUGCAAAAAAUACAACGGUAUUGCUCACUCAGUAGCUAUUCUGUUAACAUUGGUAAGUACCGUUAAGCAAAUGUCUGAUGUUUUUAAGAUGAUUUUUGCUCCCGCAGACUCAAAACAAAGUUACGCUGUGUAUCGUUUUGUUAUUUCAAUAAAUCCUUGUGAUGUUGCUGAACUGGAUGCAACUCUUGGAAACUACAUUCUUCAUAAGCCCAUGAAAGCUGCAGGGAUUUUUCAGUCAGUGUGUUUCAUAGCUAUUAAGACGUUAUCAUUAAUUGAACAAUUGCAGACGGAGGCCCAGAUAAGCAUACUGCUGAGACCAACACAUUUGCCACCGUUACCAAGUUAUGUUCUCAGUCUUUCUGCCUUUCCAUUUAAUUACACAUCUCAGAGAUUUUAUAUGUCUGAAGGAAUAGCGAUUGCAAUGGGAACUGUCACGAAAUACACCCAAGGAGCACGAUUUCUUUGCACUGAGGAAACCUGUCCGUUCUCUGAAGGGUUUAGGUACAUAAGAGUGCAUCUGCCUGGAGCUACAGAGUCUGCCACAGUGAGGAAUGACUUUGUGUGCAGUUUGUGUUCUUCACCACUGCAGGAAGAUAUGAAAUUCAGAGUACUUGGUGAUAAACAGAUAGUUGAAAUGAUUGAUGCAAAAGUUCUUAAUGCUUUAAAAGGAUAUUCCGACCACAGAUCACAUUUUAGGAUUCAGACUUUUACAGUUUUCUUGAGAGAUGAACUGGCCAAUAGAAUGACAAUAGGAAACCACUACAAGAUUAUAGGAAUUCCAGCUUGUGUACAAAAUGGCCCGCAAGCUACAGCGUGUAUAGAAGUCAGUAGCGUACAGCUCUGUAAAGCAAAUGGUCCUUCUUUUAUCGGUGAAAAUUUUAUGUAUCUACUCUCACUGACUUCAAGUUCGUGCUGGAGGUUUACAGCCACACUUGCCAACAUCUUUGCUUCUCAAGUUGUUCCACCAGGCACUUACAAUACUCUUAAACUGGCAAUAUUACUGAGUCUAGUGCAGACGUGUGAAAUAGAAAGUGCAGAUUACCUCGAUCUAUUGAUUGUAACAAGUGACACUCUAAUAAUUGAUAGGCUUCUGAAUUACAGCAUAUGUCUUCUGCCUCGUGGCAUACGGCACCCGUCCUCUAGUGAAAUCUUUCCUUCUGUGUCCAAAGAUAAACAUGGAACUGGAAGUGCUAGUAUUCAAGCUUGCAGUGCUCUGCUGGCUCAGGGUGGUAUCUGUUACAUAGGAGACCUAUCUUCAUAUAAAAAGGAUAAACUUGAACUUCUACAAUCCGUGCUAGAGAGCAGGACAACAACGCUGUUCAUUCCCGGCAAGAAGUACGGAGAAGAGGCUGACCAACAAGUUACUAUUCCAGUUCAGACCAAUUUUUGGUCUUACGUAGAUGUGGGUUCUUCCCCAAAGAAACAUAUAGCAAGAGACAGCAUUUUAAUUGGGCAGAUGGACUUGAGUUUGAUUCCCCCUAAUCUUUUAGAUGUUUUUGGGCUGUUGAUAUACAGUGAAUUUCCUUCGUGUCAGCUGUCUUAUCCAGUAGUGCAUCAUGUCUUGCAAAAAGCCAUUAAUCCUGAAGCCAUGCUGUACAGAGUCUCACAGCAGUUCAGAACACAGGAUUAUGAAGAGUUUAUUUUGUUUGCUAAGAAUCUUCAUGUGGAACUGAGUUCCGAAGCAGAAAGCCUCAUUCAGGGCUACUACCUGGCAAGUCGCAGAGUGAGGAGAGAUUCUGUUCAUGGAUCGAAAUUAUCAGCAUCUGCACUAAAGAUUCUGAUUUCACUGUCUAAGGCUCAUACUAAACUAAGUUUAAGAAAAAAAGUACUGGAGGAAGAUGCACUGAUUGCCAUCCUGUUGUUUGAAUCAUCUCUCACCCUAAAACAUGGUAAGUCUGCAUUGUGCAUAGAACCAAAUGCAGUGUUUCCAUUUGACCUCAGUGAUGAAAACACCCUGCAACAGAGAGAUAUGCACCUAGCACAGUGCCACCAUCAGCUGCUUCAGUUUAUUGGUGCAUAUGGCCCAGGGGCUUACGUUAACACUAAUGAAGAAUGAAGUCUCCGAGUCUGAAACUUCUACUUGAGCUUUCUGGGACUGCAGUUACAGAGAAAUAGACAACUGUUUUCAGUACUAUUUUGCUAAGAAAUAAAACAGAGCUGACAGGAUUUCGAGUUCCCUGGCAACACUACAGAAAGGCAGAAAUAAUGUUUUUAGCCUGGAAGGUCAUAGCUUUGGAAUAAAGCCUCAACCUGAACUUCUGUUCCUAGCUACCACUGCUUCUAUCAUUUAUCUGGAUGAACAAAGACAAGUUUUUAAUAAGAUUUAAACCAAGAAUACACAAUAUUGUAUUUCAUUUCAACUGUGAACUUCCUGUAGGUUUUCCUGUUGCUUCUUUUUAAAUGCAUUAGCCAGCAAGGGAUAGUUUAAUACACUAAAAGAACAGUAGUGAUAUAAGACAAAUUAUUUGUGUACUAUGAAUUUUAAAAGGUAUAAAAGUAUCACCA